AUUGUAUGCAAUAACGCUGGAAUUGCGAAAAAUGAAUUUUUUGAUCAAACUGAUAGCUGGGUAAAGACUAUCGAUAUUAAUUUAAACGCUGUAAUCAAAGGUACACAAUUGGGAAUUCAAUUUUUGAAAAAACGUGGUGGUGGUGUUAUUAUAAAUACAGCUUCGAUUGCUGGAUUUUACCCAUCGAAAUUAUUCCCAAUAUAUGGUACCUCAAAAUAUGGCGUUGUUGGUUUUACACAUUCACUACGCGAACUAAAUAAUACAGAUAAAAUUCGCGUAAAUGCUAUUGCUCCUGGAUAUGUGGAUACAUCUUUGAUGCAAAAUGUGAUCAAAAUAAUGCCUGCAACUGUAAAAUCAGUUGAGAAACUUGAAGGAUUUAUUCCUAUUGAUGAAGUGGUCAACGCUUUUAUAACGAUCAUUCAAGAUGAUAAAUUUGCGGGUAAUACUAUCAUGAUUCCGAAAAAGAAUUUUUCACAAGUUAUUUCAAAAUCAUUGUUAUAG